GCUAGCAUAUUGCGUGAUCGGGUCCCUGUGCGAACCAUGAGCACCACCGAUGACAACCAGCAGCAGAGACAACCACGCAUAUCGCUCCAAAUUAGUAGUGUAACCUGCCUUAGCUGCGGGUCACACACCUGUCAAUACCGCCAUCAGGAUAUAUCGUGAAAGUUUUAAAUGGGCUUUCUGAAAAAAAUCAAUCAACACCGUUGAUGUCGCCAUAUCUGUCAGACUCACGGAUUCAAAGGGUCUUUCUUGGCAAACAUUUAGAGAUAGUGCACAGACCACACCCAAGGUGAACAGCUAGCCUCACCUCAGCUACACCGUAGGUAAAAUUGGGGUCUGUUCUAGACGUUUCCAGUCUCCAUCAAGCAUCAUGAUUCAGUGAAAACACCAGCACAUACAAGAAUAUCUCCGUCGACAAGCCUCACCUGUACGGUAAAUCAUCCGAAGCCAUUCCCAAAUCUUAAAACGCCCCAAGCAUCAAAAGAGAACCAAGCAACACAUCUGCAACGGGAACAUCCUGUCAGAUCGAUCACAAUCAUCACAUCAUCCUUCCCUUCUCACAACCCUCCUCAUUCUCACUCCCCUUCUCACCUAUCCGAGAAAAAAGUGAGCUGCCCACUCACCCCAACCCAUUGAUGCGUCUCCGCCCCCAACUCUUCGCACAACUACUACUAGCCAGAAGAGCACAUUCCCAUCGGACACUCUUGCCAUCUUCUUCAUCAUCGGCCUCAACUCAGCUACCCCACCAUCACAACCACCUACUGCACCACCACCACCACCGCAGAACAAUGUCCAGCACCACCACCACUAGCCCCGCCCCAUCCGCAACAAGCACGCCACCCAACCCCGGGCGCUCACCAUCAUUCCAUCAACCUCCAACAACACCAGCCGCAUCUGCUGCCACACCCGCAACAGCAGCCGUUAGACCCGCCCAUGUGGAAGAACAAGAAGAAACCCCAUCAUCAACAACAACAACAACAACAACAGCAACCACUACCCGUCAGGAGGAGGACCCCACCGCAAAUGUCGCAAUCCCAAAACAACAACCACUUCCCGCCCUCCCCGCCCCCGGCACCGAGGAGACCGAAACCCCAGGCAAAACAACCACCGUCGUCGUAAACGGGGCCCCCAUCUCCCUCGACGCCCUCGGACCAAUGGUCAUCAACAGGGACGGCACCCUGGCCCGCAUCGCCAACUGGCAGGAGAUGUCCUCGUUCGAGAGGGAAAACACGCUUCGGGUCCUGGGAAAGAGGAACCAGUUGCGUUUGGCCACUCUACGUGGUGGUGAUGAAAACAACACAGCAUAA